AGGAAUAUUACAUUAAUAAGUACAAUGUAAAUUAAAAUCAUUAACUGUAUCUUUACUAAUAGCUCUGGUCUGAGAAGAUCUGAAUAGAAAAGAGGAGCUGUCCUGAAAGUAAAAACCCAUUUUGCCAAUGAAGAACUUAAUUUCUCACUUAAGUCAACUUGAGUUGCUCCUCUAUACGAUCACAUACAUAGAUGUUGCAUCUAGUAGAUUUGCCCGAAAUAUUAAAAACAAAUAGAUGUAGAAUGUAGAAAACAUUUGCUUUGAAAAUGUAAAUAAAUGGAAAUAAAUAAAUUUUUGUGAAAUUCAUAAAUUAAAGUUGACAAACAAAAAAAUUGAAAAAGAUUAAGGAAGGAAAAUGAAAAAGAUUAAUAAAAAUAAACACAAUCCCAGAGAAAUGCUCAAGAGCGAUCUGGAGUAUUUGAAACGGCGGCCCUCUAAAAGAUCCGCGCACGAAUGUGUUCAAGACAAUAGUUCGGACAUAACGUCUUGGAGUUCAAAUGCCUGCUUGCAAUAUCGGAAGUUCAGUGCGGAGGCCUUGGUGCUGCGAGCACUGAAAGGUCUCUGUGAGCGCAACGGCUCAUCGGUGGUCGCGAUCAAGAAAUUCAUAAUUAACCACUAUCCAUAUGUGGAUGGAAAGUUUACACUGUCCGUCAUCAGAAGGGUCAUUAAGAAAACUUUGGCUAAAGGGAAAAUAGUGCAGUCUCAGGGGAAGAACAUGGACGGACUGUUCAAAAUAUCGGCUGGAGAAAUACGUGCGGAGCAGCAACAGCAGCAGUUUAAGCACCUUAAGGAAUGUAUCAAAUUAAGAGAGCAACAAAAACAAGAAUUGCAAAGGAAAAUGAUGAAAUGUAGGGCAAGGGAUAAGCAGAAACACAGGACCUUGGAAGACAAUGAAGCUGCUCAGCGGAAACGACUAAAGGAAACUGCGAAUGCCGCCAAAGCAGCUAAAGCUAGAUUGACUGCAGAGGCCGCCAGGGAAAUGCUGACCUACGCACAACAACAGCAACCGGCAGUUUUCACGUCUGCAUUGCGGCUUGGUGCUGGCACUUCGAGAGAAAUAACACAAAUGCCUCAGAUUAUUGAUUACGCGGACGCAGCCUUGGAAACGGCGAAAGUAAUCAGUUCAGAACAGUUAAAACAUGCUAUCAUUAAAGCAACUGAAUAUGUGCCGCAUAUAAUAGGUCUCGAUAAUCACAGUUUGAGACGUAACUCAUCCAUUAGACAAAUGCCUAUAAAGUAUGAGAGAACCUUGAGAAGCACGACCUUGACUCCUGCCUGCACUACAUCGAAAAUGACGCCAAUGUCUGAAUACCCUAAGCUGACGGAUUUUCUUAGAGACAAGAAGCAGGUUCCAGGAGCAGAUGUAAACUCUCGAUCCGCAUGUGCCGAACCUGUGGUUGUAGGGAAAGCCCGUGUUGGUGGCGGAAAGAAUGCGCGGAAAGUUACGAAACGUCUCAAGGGAAGCACAAAAGCCAUUACAGCCCCUAAAUGUAAUAGACUUCCCAGAUAAGAAUUGUCUUCAUAUUUUCAUUCUAAUGCUAAAUUUUGUGAGUGUAUUAAAAUUCGUAAUUGUUCGUAAAGUAAAAUAUUCGUUGCUGCUCGUAA